CAAUUAUUCUCAGAGAACUCUUUCUGCUAAAUACUGCAUGCGUUUCGAAAUUGAUAGAAGAAAAAUAUUGCUCAUUUUAUUUACCUGUUGGUGAUAUUUUUGUGAACAUAUAACACGAUUGUCAAUAGCAUUUUCCCCAGUUUUUCCCUGCAGCUGUCAUUUUGUAGUGUCUUUUUCGCUAUUUUCCAAAAAUAUUAAAUAUUAAAUACAAUAAUAAGUAGACAAAUAAAACAUGUGAGAUAAAGCGUAGUAUGCAGGGAUAAUGGAGUGGAGAUAGUGUGAUGUAAGAGAAUUAAAGUGGUGAAUUUUUUUGCGACACACUUCGUAAUUUCUUGAAGAAAAAGAUUGUACCAAGUAAAUAAUCUGAGUCGUUUCAAUGUUUACCUAAAGUGGAUGAUUUUAACAUCCAUUAAGUCACGUUAAGCAGUGCAAAUGGCUGAACAUGUAAAGAAAGCUGAUUUAUUCACUGCUGUCAAACAUUUAGCAGAAAGUGAGGUUGAAUUGAUAAAAGUAAUUGAAAACUCUAGCAAGUCUCAAAGAACUGCUGAAAAUAUGCCUACAAAUGCAAAAAAAAUGAAGAAGCCUGGGAAGUCAGGAAAUGUCCGUCCAUCAGCUGCAUUAUUGGCUGCCAAACGAGAGGCAGCGCAGCGACAGCUUUUGCUAGCAAAGAAGCCAAAUAACAAUUUCGUACGAGAUAUAUACCAGAAAGCCAUUGAUGCAUAUGAGACAGUGCGCAAGGACACUGGCCUUGUAUUUGAUCAAAGUAUGGCAGAGCAUGAAUGCUUUUGGGAUCCAGAUUAUCCAGAAUGUCCAGCAAGAUUUACAAGAGUCUUACAAAGAUGUGAAGAGUUAGGUUUGGUGCAACGGUGCAAACUCAUCAAAGCAAGAUUAGCAACAGAGAGUGAAAUCUUGAUGAAACAUAAUCAGAAACAUAUUGAUAUCCUGAAAGCUACAGAUGGCUGUACAGAUUCUGAGAACUUGGAACUAUUGUCAUCCAAGUAUGAUUGUGUCUAUAUUCAUCCAUCCACAUAUAGAUUGUCUUUACUGGCAACAGGCUCAACGAUUAAUCUGGUAGAAAGUAUCUGUAAGGGCAAGAUACAAAAUGGUAUGGCUAUUAUCAGACCACCAGGCCAUCAUGCGAUGAAAUCAGAGUAUUGUGGUUACUGCUUCUUCAACAAUGUAGCACUUGCAGCAGAAAAAGCUCUAGCUUCUAACUGGGCGAAUAGAAUUUUAAUUGUCGAUUGGGAUGUUCAUCAUGGACAGGCAACACAACAAAUGUUUUACAAUGAUCCGCGUGUAGUUUAUUUUUCAAUACAUCGUUAUGAAUAUGGUGAAUUUUGGCCUAACUUAAGGGAAUCGGACUUUCAUAACGUCGGAGAAGACCUUGGAGAGGGUUACAACUUUAAUAUACCUCUAAAUAAAACUGGAAUGACUAAUGCUGAUUACAUUGCAAUUUUUCAACAAGUUUUAUUGCCAAUGGCUUAUGAAUUUUGUCCAGACCUGGUUAUUAUUUCCGCUGGUUUUGAUUCCGCAAUUGGCGAUGAAAAGGGUGAGAUGCUAGUGACUCCUGCAUGUUAUUCACACUUACUUUCAUCAUUAUUAAGUCUGGCAGUUGGAAAAGUCGCCGUCAUCCUAGAGGGUGGUUAUUGCUUGAAAUCUUUAGCUGAAGGUGCAGCACUAACUUUAAGAACUUUACUGGGCGAUCCAUGUCCCAUUUUACAAACACUUGAUUUACCUUCAUUGAGUAUACGUGACACUAUUUUAAACGUAAUUUACGCACAUCGACAAUAUUGGAAGUGUUAUCAAUACCAAGAUGCACACAGUAUGAGUACUGUAACUUUCAACAAAGAGGAGAUUGCUAAUCAACAUAUAGUUAUAGUUACAUACAAGGGAAGUCAGAUUAAACCAGAAAAAUAUGAAACUCGAAAUUGCUAUCCUAAACAAAACAAAGAAAUUUUCGAAGCUAUGGAUAAAAAACUGAACGAAUUAAUACAAUUUACAAAUUUACACAAAGCACCACAUAAGAUAUGCAUCGUUUAUGAUGAGAGAAUGCAAAAGCAUUGCAAUAUUUCUGAUAAUUCUCAUCCAGAAAAGCCAACUCGUAUCUCUAGCAUCUAUAAGAAUCAUGAAGAACAUGGUUUGCUAGAACGAUGCUAUUUAUUACAUGGAAGAAGUGCGACAAUGGAAGAAUUAUCUCUAGUUCAUUCAAAAGAUUACAUCGACAGUGUCAAGAGCACGAUGUCAUUAAAACUACAAGAAUUGGAUGAGAAAGCCGCCGACUAUAGUUCCGUUUAUCUUCAUAACGAAACAUGGUCAAAUGCCUGUAUAUCUGCUGGGUCCCUUUUGCAAGUAGUGGACGCGGUUUUGAACGGGGAGUGUCAAUCCGGAGUAGCUAUCGUAAGGCCACCAGGACACCAUGCUGAGGAAGAUGCUGCAUGUGGUUUCUGCAUCUUUAACAACGUGGCUGUCGCUGCAACAUAUGCUGUACAAUUUCAUCAUGUAAAGAAAGUACUGAUAAUCGAUUGGGAUGUUCAUCAUGGGAAUGGAACUCAAUCUAUUUUCGAAGAAGAUCCGAGAGUUCUCUAUAUAUCUGUUCAUCGUUACGAUAACGGAAGUUUCUUUCCAAAUUCCAAGUCUGCUAAUUAUACGAACGUCGGUUUGAAUGCAGGCGAAGGUUUCAAUGUAAAUGUACCAUGGAACAAGAAAGGAAUGGGAGAUGCCGAAUAUAUAGCAGCAUUUCAACAAGCUGUAAUGCCUAUUGCUUAUCAAUUUAACCCAGAACUGGUUCUGGUCUCUGCUGGGUUCGAUGCUUGUAUAGGUGAUCCUUUAGGAGGUUGCCACACAAGUCCAGAACUCUAUGGUCAUUUAACUCACUGGCUCUCAUCCUUGGCCAACGGUCGCGUAAUUCUCAGCCUCGAAGGAGGCUAUAAUAUCAACUCUAUCUCUCAUGCGAUGACUAUGUGUUCCAAAGCCCUCUUAGGCGAUCCCUUGCCAAUGCUGGAACCUAACCAGAUACCCUGUACCAGCGCAAUCAAUUCCAUUAACAACGUUUUAAAAACUCAUAAGAAAUUCUGGCCCAAUUUGCAAUAUGGAAUGUCCUUGCCGAAGGAAAAGCUCCUUCCUAAACUCAAAAUGAUUUCUAAGAGAGAAUCCUCUAAGAGAGAUAAGAGACUCGAAGAACGUGGGAAGAACGUGGAAAAACCGAAACAGACAGAAUCAAAGAUCGCCUUAGAGGGAAUCGAGAGUGAAAAACUAGAACUGAGUCUGGCAAUCGACAAGAAUUGCCUGAAUCUUGUGACGGACGAAGAAAUUCUAAAGCUGAGAAACGAAGUGGAGAAUAUUAAAAUUAAGAAUUCUAAAAUGGAUAUGAUGAAAAGUGAUUUUGAAGAAGCAAAAAGAAACAUUGAUUUAAACAAGAACGAAGCGAAAAAUCUGGAUGUUUCGCAGAGUAUACAACAAUGUAUAAAUGAAACGAACCAAUCGAAAGACAACCAGCAAGGGAGUUCUGGCAUACGUGACGACUAUGAUGACGAAGGAGGAGCAGCGAUGCGACGUGAAACGCAGGCUACGAAUCUUCUGGAUUAUCUUUCUGAUCAUCUUCAGGCUUUGACCGCGGGAGAAAUGUUUGCGGUGGUACCUCUGCGAGACUGUCCACAUCUGUUUGCGGUUAACGAGGUUCCUCCAAGUGGCAUCAAUGUAACUCUACCUUGUAUGGAAUGUACCAGCACCGCAGAAAAUUGGAUCUGCCUGCAAUGUUACACUGUACACUGUGCUCGCAACGUUAAUCAGCACGCUGUGCAGCACGCAGAAGAGUGUGAACACCCUAUCGCGCUCAGUUUCAGCGAUAUCUCCGUUUGGUGUUACGGUUGUGAAGCAUACAUUGAUAAUCCCCGAUUAUAUGCAGCAAGGAAUGCAGCUCAUCAAAGCAAAUUUAACGAAGUACUUCCCUGGACUUACAGCGAAAGUAGCGCACACGCGUUGUAAUUGAUUUGAACGAUAGAAGCAUCUUCUUCAGAUUUCGCAAGUAAAAAUUUGAAAAUGAAAAUUAUUUGAUAAACAAUCUAAACCUAUAACAUAGUAAUCAGUUAUAUAAGAUGUUAUACUUGCUUUAAUUUAAUUAAACUCUAAUUACAGUUUUUAUUAAACAAUUAUUAAUAUAUAUUUUUAUACUUUCUGGUAAAAUAAAUUAUAAAUUUGCAGGUGAAAAUUAAAUUCAGCAAAUUUUAAUCGCUAAUUAUUGAUUAAAGAAAAUAAGAUUGUAUUCUAUAAAGAUUCACUUAUAUUUUAUGUAACAGCCAAAUUAGUAUAAUUGUAAAUAAAAAUCACAAAAUAUAAAUUCACAACAUAUGGAAUAAUAGAUAAAAUUUUAAGUGAAGAUGCAAUUAUAUAAAAGCAAGAUUUUUAUGGAUACAAAAACGAUGAUUUCUUUUUCAAAAUAAAACUCUGUUUAGAGUACCGAAACUGCUAUAAAUAAUCAAAUUACAAAAAUGUUAAUAAUAUACUAAAAUAAUUUAUUAUUUCUUCUAGAAAAAUACUAGCUAUAUUAUACACUAAAAAUACCUCAUAAUGACUGACCUGUAGAAAUAUACAAAGUGUCUGGAAAGUUUAGGUUUCAGGAGUUCAGUAAAAUAAUUUUUAAAAAUUAUAAGAAAGAUAAUUUUAUCUUUCCUUGUUUCCUUCAUAAAUAAUUGAAUUAUUUACCUCACUAACUAAUAAUAUUUUCUCUUCACUGAAAUUCUUCCAGCACACUAUUAUAUUUUUCUAUGUAGGAUAAUAAAUAUAAUAAAAAAUAUAUAUAUAUUGUUUUAACAUAACAUUAUAUUAUCUUUUAUUACUUUUAAAGUACUUUAUAACAAUCACAGCAUUGCGCUUCUCCUAGUAUACGAAUUAAUGGUCUAUUUAUACCUAUGUAAUUUAAUUAAUGAAAACUUAUUCCUCCAAAUUACUUUAAGAAAAUUCACUCUUUUGAAUUAAUUGAGGAAAAAAUAGAUCCCACAGAGAGAGAGAGAGAAGAGAAUAUUAUUAUUUUAAUAAAUUAUAUUGAUAAAGAUUA